ACAUUUCCGUAGUUUGAAGCUCCGCUUGUAAAGGGAAGCAACUGUUUUGUUUCAAAAUGGCUAACAAAAAGGAAGACUCCAAAGAACCCCCAAAGAGAGUGCCAGGAAAAUCAAAAACCAGCAAAGAAAAAUCGUCAGAAAAAGAAUAUCGAUAUGAAAAACCCGGCCCUCGAACUUUGAUACGGGAUACCAUUCAAGGCUACAUCUUCUGGAGCAUAUUCCAGGCACUGGCACCCAUGAUUUGGUUCUAUCCUCUAAAUGAACUUGAGAUUUCAGGAUACGAAGCAUUUGCAGCAAUCUGGCUUCUUCCUAUAAUUUGUGUCAUACCAGGAAUGUUGCAACUUGUUCAGAAUCACUGGUUCCUUGUCAUGCGGCUGGGGACCGUUGCUUCUUUAGCCUCCUUUCAAGCACCAUCUACAUUGUCCAGAUUAAUCAUUCUAGCAGUUGGUGCAGGAUUGUCAUCGCUAGUUCUUGCAGCCACUUUGUUCAGUCCCAGUCAGAGGAUUAGGUGUAACACAUUUUGGAGUCUCAUUCUGGGUCUGUUUGCCUUCCUAAGCAGCCGAGUGUGGUUUGUGUCAUUUGUGCCAGUAUGGUGGAACGAUAAGGCUAAUUCCUUUGUAAUUGCCCUUGGAUUCAUUGUCACAAUUGAUCAUAUUUUGAAUGAUGGAGAUGUAAUAGAAAAAAAAGCAACACGCCUGCCAGCUGCAGAUCGGCCAUACUGGCCGUUAGCAGCCCUUGGCUUUGGCAGCCUGCUGUUCCUCACUCAUUGGGUCUUUGGAGAAGUGUCACUCAUUGCACGUUGGGUUGUCAAGGGAUAUCCACACGCUGGUCCCCAGCCAGAACUUUGGGGAAGUAUGAUGUGGUGGAUGUUUGGUGUGGGAGCUUUUGGUGCUUUGCUGUACCUCCCUAUAUGGCAAGGUUACAUAGGAGGUCUGUUGCUGGGAAUAUAUACGCUAUCCAUUUGGCCAUCCAUGAUCAACCAAGUGUCAGCUUGCCCUCCUGGCUGUACUCUGGCCCUUGCUAACUUUGUCUACAUUGCUGAGAUGCUGUUCUCUGUCUGGACUGUAGCAUACAAUUUUGUCCCAGGUGGUGUCUACACACGUGAACACACAGACUGGCUUGUUGCUUUUGUUAUGUUCUGCAUUUUGCUGGGGCUCAAAUCAGGAGGUAAAAUUCGUGAAGACUUCACCUGCUUUAGUGUGGUGCAGAAAGUCCAGAUGCCUACUGGACUUCACAAAGCUAUGCUUCUGUUGAUUGCUGUGAUUGGCCUUCACAGAUUUGGCUCCAGACUGAAUGGUCCUGAAAUGCUGCCUCCCAAAAAGGCUGAUCCACAAAUAUUCUCAUCAGCUAUUUGGACUUAUCACUUUGGGUAUGACAACAAAGGAUGGCCUAGUUUGGAAAGAUCUGCAGAGUUCUUAAACAAUACAGGAGCUGAUGUGAUUACCUUGCUGGAAAGUGAUGCAUCUAAACCAUUUCUUGGUAACAAUGAUCUUGGCAUGUGGCUUGGUGAACGACUGGGAAUGUAUGUUGACUUUGGUCCUUCCACGAGAGAUCACACAUGGGGGAACCUCAUCUUGUCCAAGUACCCGAUUAUAAGCUCUGUUCACCACCUGUUGCCAUCUCCAGAAGGGGAGCUUGCACCAGCUAUUACAGCCACCAUCAACAUCUCAGGACAGGCCGUGGAUUUUGUGGUGACCCACAUGGGCAAUGAUCGCGACAACCUAGACAGGCAGCUUCAGGCUUCAUUCUUGGCAGACCAGCUGAAGGCAAGCAAAAACCCAGUUGUAUUCAUGGGCUACAUAACAUCAGCUCCAGGAAGUCGGGACUAUACUCAUCUCAUAAACACCGGCAAAAUGAAGGACAUUGAUAGUACAGACCGGGAACGGUGGUGUGAAUAUAUCAUGUACAGGGGUCUUAUACGCCUGGGUUAUGCCCGCAUUUCACAUGGUGGACUCAGUGACACCGAGUUACAGCUAGGUCGAUUCCAGAUUCCGAAGAAUCUCAGAGACUACAAGGACAAUGAAAAGAUGAUCACUGACUCUCGACAUGUGGACAGCAGUGUGCAGUUUAACCCUGUAUUUGGGAAGCAUCACAGAGGUCAUGGUAGUUUUCCUUUCCAUGGAUUUCACAUGAACACACCAAAAUACUUCAUUCCUUAGAGACAAUUCAGUUAUUAAUGUUAUUCAGACAAGUGUACUGCAACUGGAGUCCCACCAUGAGAUGUACAUUUGUUUAGCCAACUUGAAGAAUAUGACAAAUGCUGAAGAAUGUGUGGGACAAAGUUUGUUACUUGACUUUUGUGACCUGCAUGAGAGUGUGAUCAAAUGUAUAUGUUGUGCUUACAAACAAUGCUGGCCAAAUAUAGAUAACCAAUCAAGCUGAACUCAUGCAGUAAAAUCAAAGAGAAUGUGUGCUUUUGUUUUAAUGCAAGAUGAAAACAGGGCAAACAAAAUGUAAGUAUUUGGAGAAUAAUUCACAAGUGCCUUUUGUUUUAAAGAUUGUCAUUGUGAUCCAUUGUUGUAAUAAGUGCUCUUUUUUCAAGUCAGAUCAAGCAAAGUGCACCACUGCCAUUUACAGGAUCAGUUGGAGUGGCUGCAGAUGUAAAGCAGCCACAUUGAAUAAUAAUGAAUAUUUUUACACACCUACCUUUCCAGAUAUCUUAUGGAGUUCACACACAAAAAAUUCAUUGCAGACAAAUAGCUAUGUCUCUUCGAUCAAUCACCUAUACAUCCAAAUAUACAUGCAUAACAUGUGUCUGUAUUUACUUUGUAUAUGUUGUAGAAGUGAGAGGUCUGUUAUAUGCAAAAAUGGUUGUGUGGUUGAUGAUUUAGUUUAUGUAUGAUUUGUGUAAAGCGCUAUGAGCAAACCUUUGGAAAGAGAUAUAAUAAACUAUAUUAAUCCUCAUUAUUAUUAUUAAAAUGGUAUUUUUAAACCUAAACAUUAAGCUUCUGUUAAUAGCAACAGUGCUUGAUGGUUUUGAGAAGUUUUCUCAGGUGAACUGUAAUAAUUGAUUUAAUUUUGGAGAGAUUCAGAUAAUUCAUACUUGUUUAGUUAUUUGGAACAGGAACCAUGGAAUAUUCCCUUUUUGACAGACAUUUGUUGGUUCAGACUAUAUUUAGUGUAUUAUGUGAUCUGUUUUAAUAAUGAUGUUGAGACAACACCAGGAGACAGAAGUAAUCUAGGCUGCUCUCCUUACAAGCUAUGACACCUGAUUGGUACAUCAACCAACCAACCAGAUAUAGUUAACAUGAUGCUGUGAUGCUACGGUGUGAAAAGGUCUCCAUUUGUCCUGCUUUUAUCAUUUGUUUGAUAAUUUUGAUAUUUUUUUAUCUGAAACAUU